AUGUUAACACGUCAAUCAUCAGCACCACCAAUAGGACAACGAUCACCAUCAAAUAGUUUAUCUCAAUAUCCUCCUCCAUCAUUAUUAGCAACAUAUUCAAGUACAAAUAGUGGUGGAUCAAGUAAUGGAAAUAAUAGUCGUUCAACAACACCAUAUUCCGGUGUAACACAAAAUUCAACAAUUGAUAUUAAUUUAAAUAGUUUAUCUCAAACAUCAUUAAUGCGUCGUUGUGGACAAUCAAUGCAAGUUCGAGCGAAAUUUGGUUCAUUAGGACCACAAAAAUGUCAAUUUAAUGCUCCACAUGGAUUUUGUCUUGGAAUUGAUGAAGAAAUAAUUGUUGCUGAUACAAAUAAUCAUAGAAUACAAAUAUUUGAUAAAAGUGGUGAAUAUAAAUAUCAAUUUGGUAUGCCUGGAAAAGAAGAAGGACAAUUAUGGUAUCCAAGAAAAGUUGCUGUUAUUAGACAAACGGGAAAAUUUGUUAUUUGUGAUAGAGGAAAUGAAAGAAGUCGAAUGCAAAUAUUUACUAGAAAUGGACAUUUUAUAAGAAAAAUUUCAAUUCGUUAUAUUGAUAUUGUUGCUGGUUUAGCUAUAACACAACAAGUUGCUGUUGAUUCUGUAUCACCAACUGUUUUUUGUAUAAGUGAAUCUGGUGAUCUUCUUAAAUGGUUUGAUUGUUCAGAUUAUAUGAGAGAACCAUCUGAUAUAGCCAUAUUUAAUAAUGAAUAUUUUGUUUGUGAUUUUAAGGGUCAUUGUGUUGUUGUAUUCGAUGAAGAUGGAACAUUUUUACGACGUAUUGGUUCGGAAAGUGUAACCAAUUUUCCAAAUGGAAUUGACAUAAGUGAUGCCGGUGAUGUAAUCAUUGGUGAUUCGCAUGGAAAUCGUUUUCAUAUAGCUGUAUUUACACGUACAGGUGAUUUUUUACAAGAAUUUGAUUGUCCAUAUGUUAAAGUAUCACGUUGUUGUGGAUUAAAAAUAACAUCAGAUGGUUUUAUAGUAACAUUGGCAAAAAAUAAUCAUCAUGUACUUGUUUUAAAUACACUUUAUUUAACAUAA